AUGCCUUUCCGAAAUCUUUAUCGGCAGCUGUCUGCCUCUCAUGACUUUCAAAACCAGCAGACCUUCCAACGUCACUCUCAACUAGCAAUCGUUGAUCCCGACUCACUCGAUUACACCGGGUGGCAUGAGAUGGACUUCACCCAAAUGCCCCUCACCUCACCCAUGGCAAACUCCAGCCCUCAGCAAGCUCAGGGUCAGAAGUACUCGUCCAAUAUGGAUACCGAUGUAGACCCUAUGGCCUAUCUAAGGUCACGAGGGCAGAACUCCACUGGCACAGUGGUCAGCCCUGCUUCCCAGCAGCAGCAACAAUCUCCCCUCUCAGGAGAUGUGUAUUCUACUGGACCCUUCUCCUACUCUCAGCUUCUCAACAUGGACACCGAUCUCACGUCGAUGGAUAGCAGCUCACGCACCGAUGGUGACUCGAACAUGACGAGUGCUCUGUCUGUCACCGAUUCUCUCAAUACCUCACCUCCUCUCAGCACGCUCGACCCCAUCGCCAUCUCCUUCUCAAAGCAAGACCCUGCAGAGAAGCUGUGCCCCCUAAUAGCAGGACAAGUCGACUCUUGUCAACCGUCAAGAUGCGGCCCCGAUGCUCCAUGCAUGAACUUCACCACUCUCCCUCCCAUCGAGGAAUGCACAUCCGUUCCAUGCAUAACCCAUGAGACAUCUCCCAAUGAAACCAUGAUCACCAGCGACAGCGUCUCGGUAUCACUACAUCAAAGACCAAGCGCGGGCUCAAGGUCCAAGACCGCGCCUUCAGCCGUUCACCGCUCCCCAUCUACCUCGAACGACCAAGCCCAGUCCGUACCUCUACCUUCUCGACGAUCACGAGCAGCUCCCGCCACUGCAGCACGCAAACAAGCAAGCAAGGCGAAGCUCACUAAGACCGAGACCACAGGCAGUAUUGCUUCGGACGACGAAGAAGAUGACGACCAAUCUGGGGAUAAAUCUACGGCUCCUUCCAAAACCGACGCCAAACAACGCGCCAAGCAAGCUCACUCCCUGGUCGAGCGCAAAUAUCGCGAAAAUUUGAACGCGAAGAUCGCACAGUUGCACGUCACCCUGCAGUCGACGCACUACGGUCCCAAGAAUGGCGAAGAAGACGAGGAGGAGGCGCCGGCACCAGUGCCAGCGAACAAAGUGCGCAAGAGCGAUGUCCUGACCGAGGCCAUGAACUACGUCAACCAGACGGAAGUCGAGAUGCGCCACAUGGACAACGAAAUCCAAAGAUUAAGUGACCGUGUGAGGGCACUCGAGAAAUUGGUCCGAUGUGAGGACUGCAGCCUGCUGAAGCAGAUGGUCCAUAUGCAGGUGCAGCCCGUGUGA